AUGUCGUCACAAUCAGGCAUGGUCGAUCCGGCCAUCUUCCAGGACCUCCAGGCGCGCGUCGAUGAAGACACAGCUGUUCGUGAUGAGCUGAAAGACAUCAUCCAAGCGCUCGAGAAGCACAACCGCAAUGUUUCAUUCGUACUGUCAAGAGCACACUCGACACCUGUUGCCAACCUUCCCGAGGUCCUCAAGGCGGCCGAAGAGUCCAUCAACACUGUCGUCGAGGAUGUAUCGAAGCUGUCGCAAGCUGCAUCCAAGCUGCCGUACUACAAGUUCAACAACAUGUGGUCUCGUCAGAUGCAGGGCGCGGUCGAGGGUCUUCUUUUCUGGGGCUGGCUCGGCGGGUACAAGUAUGAUUCAGGCGAAAUCAAGGCCGGAAGACUGCUCACCAUCGAAGAGCUGGGCGAGAUUCUGAAGAUCCCAGUCAAUCUCAAGGAGCGAGACGAGUUCCACCUUACGCUUGAGGAGUACCUGCAGUCGCUCAUCUCACUCGUUGAAGAGCUGACUCGGUUGGCACGCAACGCCGUCACGCUUGGUGACUACGAACGUCCCAUCCUUAUCAACCAGUUCGUCAAGGACUUGUUUGCCGGCUUCCAGAUUCUCAACCUGAAGAACGACAGCUUGCGCCGCCGUAGUGAUGGGCUGAAGUACAGGGUGAAGGAUGUGGAGGAUGUUGUGUACGAUCUGUCGCUGAGGAACUUGCUUCCCAAGAAGGAGUAG